CAUACUUUCAACUAAACACUACGAUCACAGAUCGAAUUGAAAGGCCUAGAAAUUCAUUUUGCAUAAUACAUCACACUAAUAAACACACGAGAAUCGACCAUCCCCGCAGUAUGUCACAGCAAGUGUCGCCAGCUGCAAUUGUCGCCCGCUAUUUGAAGGCCAAUAACUAUGAUCUAACAUUCAAUGCAUUCAUCGAAGAGGCAGGGCUUUCCCCUGAUGUUGGAAACGCUGAAGGUGGCGACCUGACGCUUGAGACGCUUCUCGAGGAGAAGAACAAGUUCGACAUCGCUCUGCGAUUCGAGAAGCUUGGGGUUGAUGACGACAAACGAGGAUGGACUAGACCAGCUCCUUCAACUGCCGAUGUUGUGACAACACUUCCGUCAACCUCGAACAUUUUAUAUGCUUGUGCGACUCAGCUUGCCGACAACAAUGGUUCUACGCACCCGGUAUUGUUAGCAUCGACGGCCGAUCGGAACCUGCAUGUGCUCAACCUGCACACAAGAAAACUGGAACAGUCGACUUCAUGCUCUCACGACUCACCGAUUCUAAGUCAUACUGAGUUCAAAGGCCAUCUGCUGACCUCUUCCAUGUCUGGUCAACUCCAUCUGAGCAAGAUCGGCGAUGUGACAUCUCAGCUUGAUAAACGUCGAGAUCACAACAAGUAUAUUAUCAAGACGAUUGUGUACCAUGAUGACAGCAGUGACUCGCUGGUAGCCACAGCAGGCUGGGACGGCAAAGUUGUCAUAUACAAGUCAAGUCCUUCAAUUCCACCACGAUUGGACGAGCCGUUUGCGACAAUCUCACUGCCCACAAAGCCCGAGUCUAUCGUAUUCCUGCAACACCCUGACAACCAAAACCCUGUCCUACUUAUCAGCCGUACUGAUUCAACGUUCAUCCACUACUAUUCCGUUGAGGCCCAGCCGAGACUACUGGGAAAGCAGAACCUUGCGCCACAUUCCAAUGCCUGGAUAGCAUUCACCCCAUCGAGCAUUGAGCCAUGUCCGACCGAUCCAACGCUCCUUGCUGUUGGAACGUCAAGCCUUCCGCAUAUGAAGCUCAUGAUUGUCCGGGCCCUGUUCCCGCAUUGGAACGAAGUUCAACCGGCCGAGAUUGAGACUCAAGUACCAUUGAGAACAUCUCUGCUUGACGAAAAUCCGGCUGCAUUAACUCAGGCAUCCCAAGCCCGGGCCGCACUCGCUGUAGCUGAGAGAGAAGCAGCCGCGAUCCAGAUCCAUUGCUCAACUUUGGCACCACAGACUGCGUAUUCGACGCCAGCUGUAGCUUGGCGGCCGGAUGGCUCGGGAGUUUGGGUCAACGGAGAUGACGGUGUCGUGAGAGGCAUAGAAACGGUUUCGGGAAAGAUCGUCGCCACACUACAAGGCCAUGAGCCUGGUAGCAAGGUGCGGUGCUUGUGGGCUGGAAGUAUCGAGGACGCUGGCCAUCGAAAAGAAUAUCUCGUGAGUGGCGGCUUCGAUCAAAAAUUGAUCAUCUGGACCAUUUGAGGGGUUUAAAUUGUUCCUUGUUCGACAUAGCUCCGCAUUUGAUCGAGUUGUGUUUUCCCGCUCUAUACAACGUCAGUGCCCGAUAACACGUGAAUAGCAACGAAUCGAGGAGAGUAUCAACACGUGG